CCUGACUGAGCAACCCACGACAACAACAUUUCAGUCAUUCAUCUGUCAUGUAUCGCAACGACCCUCUCGCCAUGUACAACCAGGGCUUGCUGUCGCGAGGCGGGCGCCCUCGCCGCUUCGACGAGUACUACCGCUGUUAUCCAGUCCUGAUGAAGACGGACCGCGAAGAUGUCAUCCACGGUGGAAAGGUGUACCUGCCUGCCUCGGCUCUGGACAAGCUCACCCAGCUACACAUCACCUACCCCAUGCUGUUUGAACUCAUCAACGGCGCAAAGCAGACAAAGACACAUGCCGGAGUGCUCGAGUUCACCGCAGAAGAGGGCAAAAUCUACCUGCCAAACUGGAUCAUGCGUUCGCUGCUUCUCGACCCUGGCGACCUACUCCAGAUCAAGUCUACCGACCUGCCGUCCGGCUCCUUCAUCAAACUGCAACCACAAAGUCCCGCCUUCCUCGACAUCUCAGACCCCAAGGCCGUCCUCGAGAACGUCUUCCGCAACUACUCAUGUCUGACCGUCGGCGAUGUCUUCUCCUUCAGCUACGUCGACCAGAUCCACGAAGUCGCCGUCCUGGAGCUGAAACCAGACAAGGAAUCACACUCCAUCAGCGUUCAAGAGACCGAUCUCAGUGUCGAUUUCGCCCCUCCUGUUGGCUACGUAGAGCCGGAGCGCAACAGCGGUACCUCGACGCCCGCUCAAGUCAAGGGCAUGGGCGGCUCCAUCCACACACAAGGCACCAUGGCUCAAGCAAUCAACUACUCCGCCAUCGCCCCCUCCAGCACAGAUGCAGCGACCGGCCACGCAGCAGCAGCCUCACACUUCAUCUCUGCCGGCCACCGUCUCGUAGCAAAGAAAAGCAGCAAGACUGCAACGCCAUCGUCCACCGGCACAUCCACACCAGCACCCGCAGAGACUGUUGGUAUACCUGGAAUGGCUCAACCUCAGCCCCGCAAGAAUGGUCCUCAACCUCUCCGUCUGCCGCCAGGCAAGCUCUUCUUUGGUUACGAGGUUAAGCCCAAGCCCGCGAAGAAGGAUGAUACCCAGGAAGAGCAACCGAAGAAGCAUUACUUCAGCGGCGAGGGUCAGACUCUUAGAAAAAAGAAGUGAUGAGCAAAGCUAUGACAGGAGGACUAUACAGUGCGUUUGAGCAGAUGGAUGUUGCCAAUCUACGGCAAUUACCACAGGCGUUCAGGGAGCAGGCCUCACGAAGGCUGGGAGAUGGAGGUACUUUGUUGCAUUUCUUUGGCGUUCUUCUCAUGACUUCUAUCAGUAGCUCGCUAUUACGGACACUUUAUCCAGCUAUGCACACUAUCCAUGUCACCAUCUUGAGAUGCUUUGUCCUUGGGGGGAUCCGAAGAAGCCAAAUUCUGGUAGUUUCGGUCAGGGUUGUACCCUCGGCCAUAGUUUCCAACCAUGAUCAAUCCAUUUCUGCACUCUGCAUCGGAUAUAUCGUACACUGCUUCCUUCUAUAGCAUCUUAAAUGUAUAUUAGCAUCUUAAAUGUGUAUUAGGCCAUACUCAGA